GUCCUUGAAAAAUUGUCUCUUUCAGACCCCAACCUCUCUUUUCUCUCUCGCUAUGCCGCUCACUGCAUCCGACACAUCGCUAACCACAACGGAUGAUAAGCUUCGAUCACGGCGCAACGUACACCACUCGAACAACCAUUACGACACUUGCAGCAUUUGCUAUGAACGGCCUGGCUUUCCGCUCGUGCCACCCCUCAAUUUUGCCAUGAUUGCACCAGGUGUCUAUCGAUCAGGGCAUCCCAACAAACAGAAUUUCUCCUUUUUACGCAAAUUGGGACUGAAAACUAUCAUGUAUUUUGCCACGGAAGAUUAUCCGCCUGAAAUGGUACACUUCAUCGAACGUGAGGGAAUCGAGGUUUUUCACUAUCGAAUGGAAGGCAACAAAGAACCGUUUAUUGAAAUGAAUCCGGACGAUAUCUCACAUGCCCUAGUAAAACUGCUCGACGAACGCAGUCAUCCUGUUUUGAUCCAUUGUUUGAAGGGCAAGCACCGUAUUGGUUGCCUGGUAGGUUGCCUACGCAAAAUUCAGCGAUGGUCAAUGACAUCCAUCUUUGAUGAAUAUCGCAAAUUUGCUGGCACAAAAGUUUUGGCCGAUCAAGAGUUUAUUGAAAUCUUUGACCAUCAAAAAGUUCCUUACGAUCCAAAAUACCAACCUGCUUGGUUAUAAACAUGUCCUUAUUCCCCAUCCAAUUCUGAUCGCGGAACAUGUUACAUUGACCACCGUAUCCUCCAACCGACGUCCUUAUUACGACCAUUUCUUUCCAAUCAUCGCACAUCAUUUUACCGUUGGUAUACUGCUUUUAUAUCAUUGCUCAAUAGAAUAAUAAAGAUCAGCAUUUCCUUGUACUCCC